GUCCGUUAUCGCCACCGCAUAACCAUCAUAAGAGGCAACCACGAGAGCCGCCAAAUAACUCAGGUCUACGGCUUCUUCGAUGAGUGCAUUCGCAAAUACGGCAACGCCAACGUUUGGAACCACAUCACGGGGGUUUUCGACUACUUGCCUCUAAGCGCUUUAAUAGAAGGACAAAUUUUUUGUCCCCACGCUGGGCUGUCUCCUCAGCUGGACUCUCUUGACUCUGUGCGGGCUCUGCAGCGGCUGCAAGAAGUGCCCCACGAGGGCCCCAUGUGCGACUUGCUGUGGUCGGACCCGGAAGACCAACUCGAGGGCUGGGGAGUAUCGCCACGAGGAGCCGGGUUUACGUUUGGGCGGGACAUAUCGGAGAGGUUUUUGCAUGCAAAUGGCCUCAAGUGUAUAGCGAGGGCUCACCAGCUCGUGAUGGAGGGCUACCAGUGGAGCCAAGGCCACAACGUGUUGACUCUUUUCUCCGCGCCCAACUACUGCUACCGCUGCGGCAACAAAGCGGCCAUUCUGCAGAUCGACGAAGGCAUGAACUACUCCUUCAUCCAGUUUGACCCUUCUCCCGAGCAACUGGAAGGCGCUGAACAGCUGCGGGGGACCCCCGAUUAUUUCCUUUGA